AUGGGCAUGGUUGAUUUGAUCCUAAAAAUGCUUGUUGAUGGUGAAAAAAGCACAUCAGAGAAAGCACUUGGGUUUCUAGAAAGUAUUUGCAAUUGGAAAGUGGGAAGAGAAAAGCCAUGUGAAAAUGCAUUAAUAAUGCCAAUUUUGGUUAAGAAAAUUCUAAGGGUAUCAGAAUUGGCAACAAAAUUUACUGUCUCAACUCUUUUGAAGCUCUGCAAAGAGGUAGAUGAUGAAAGCCAUGUGAUUGAAGCAUUGCAAUUUGGAGCUUUUCAAAAGCUUCUGGUGGUUUUGCAAGUUGGAUGUGGUGAAAUGACCAUAACGAAGAUCACUGAAUUGCUGAAGCUGAUGAAUCUUGAUACCUAA